AUGCUGCUUGCUGACAUAUUUUCCCAUUAUGUUGUAGGAUCUGUUAUUCCAAUUUGCAAUGCUGAGUUGAGGCCUUAUGAAGCUGAUCUGUUGGAUGUCGAUAUAAGUAUAUCUGAGGAAGGGAAUGUGUCAGAUGAUGAUGAAGUAACUUCAAAGAAGAAACGCAGACGUGGCAUAAAAAGGUAUCGUAUGGUGUUUGGUCCAUUUACCGGGAAAGACAAUCACGGGUGUCCUAUUGCAUUUGGAGCUGGUUUUGUAUCCGGUGAGAGUUGUGAUGUCUUCUCAUGGCUUUUCACUGUGUUGGUAAAAUGCAUGAGCAUUGCUCCAAGGAUCAUAAUCACAGACCAAGAUUGGGGAAUGAGGCUUGCAAUUGAGAAGGUAUUAUCUAGUACAAAACAUCGUUUGUGCAUGUGGCACAUAAUUAGCAAGUUGUUUGAGAAGAUACCUAAAUCUAUUUCUGAUAGAGAAAAGUUUAGUAAGGAGUUUAAGGCUUGUGUUUGGUCAGAAUUGUUAGAUCCAGAUGACUUUGACAUAUUAUGGACUGGUAUUGUUGAAAAAUAUGGUGUGGAAGAUCAUAAAUGGUUUAAGGACAUGUUUGCUAUUAGACAUUUGUGGAUCCCAGCCUACUUUGGAGAUGUUCCUAUGGGUUCUUUGAUGAGGACAACAUCUUUUUCAGAAUCUGAAAACAGUUAUUUUAAGAGGUACUCGAAACCGUUGUUUAAUUUUGCUGACUUCACUCUUCGGUAUAAUAAUGCCAUUAAUGCUCAAAGGAAUCAAACUGAAAGGCUUGACUAUUAUGAUUCUAUAAUCUCUCCACAAUAUGUCACUGAUAUAGCAUUUGAGAAGCAAUUGGCAUCUGUAUACACGGAUAUGAUGUUUAGAGUAGUACAAGAAUUAAUUUCUGAGGCUGAUAAGAGUUGUCGGAUGAUUAGCAUGUCCACUUUGGAGAACAUCGAGGCUUUAAACCACCUUUUCUUCGUCCUCAGAAACAAAGAUGUCAACAAUAUUCCAGAGAAAUAUGUUGUUAACCGGUGGCUGAAGAGUGAAUUAUUGAAGGCAGAUCAUGGUCUCACGAGUGAUGAAAGUGCGUCUGACAAAGGUUCUAACAAAGAUGACAAACUACAGAUUGGUAAGAGGUGUCAUGGACGUUACUUUGGUCUAUAUCAACGCGCUUUUAGGAAUAAAAAUCAUCUGAUUGCUUUGGAUAAUGUGCUUGCGGUUAUUGGUCCUCAAAGUUUUACUGAUGACAGUACUGGAUCGUCGUCAGUUGAUAAAAAUGAUUCAAUCAUGAACAUAUAUGGUGUUAUUGUACCUGAAGAAAUAACUGCACAUGCUCCAGAUGUGGUUAGUUCAAAGGGAGGUGCAAGUGACAAGAAAAGCAGGAUUAAGUCAAGCAUAGAGAAAGCAAUUGAAAAAGUAAAUAAAUUUCAUAGGUGUUGUGGAAAGUGUCAUAAAGUGACUGAUCAUACUGCCAGAAGUUGUGGCAAAAAGCAGACAUAA